AUGCGUCUAGGUACCAAUAAAAAGCUUAUAAGCUCGAACUGUUUUCGCCUGCUGGAGUUAGUGCGAGAAGUGCAAAAUGAUGUCGAAAUUGUGAAGCCAGUUUUAGAGGAGCUGGAAGUGAUUCGACUGAGCUGCUCGCUUGGAAUGCUAUCGUCGAUUUCAGCGAACGACUUUGAGGUAGAGAUGUUGGCAGCUGAAGAAUUCGAUGACGAUUUUGCUCUGUUUCUUCGAAUGGAGUUGUUCGGAGAAAACGAGAGAGCCAAAACUGACGGAGUCAAUUUAAUUUCUCUAUUUGGAAAGCAAGAAGCUGUUAGGUUUGAAUUUAUGCGACGUGGUGGUUGGUCCGACGAUAUGGAAAGUCAUCUGAAGACGGGUGACCAUGGAAUUUAUUGUGUCGCUCAACAGGAAAAUUCUCGUAUGUCUCUUACACUAUUUAGCUGGAUCCCUGAUAAUUUUUUUCAGAAGUCUCGACUGCGCGAUACGGCAACAUACGUGCUCCGAUUUUUGACAUGUCUCUGUCCUAAUAUGGUUUGCUGUCUGUCGGUUGAUGAUGUCGAGCUACUUGAUCGAGCGGUGAAGUCCAUGAAGACCACCAAUUUGGACGCAUGGAGGUCGUAUUCAGUCGCAUUUCAUGUCGAACGGCAAGAGGAGCAGAAGGAUGGUGUCAUUUGUGAGGAACUGGCAACAGUGUCGUUACCCGUAAAUUCUCCGACUGGGAAACCCCAGCUGCUGAAGGGAAGCUAUCCUGCUUAUUCUGUCGUAGAACCAGCUCCAGCGACGAAACGCACGAUAGUCGAACAUCGUACUUUUGGAAAUAUGAAAGACUUUGCAUCAUGGUUGAUCGAAGAGGCUCAUCAACGUACUGUGCAAAUAGACUGGAUGGGACUUGUUCCCAAAAGCUUUCGCCAAGUGUUACUAGAGACCGCUGAACAGUUGCCUAUAGUGGAGCUGAAGAAUGUUCGUGAAAUGGUGGAGCGUAGUCGACAAACAUUAGUGAAGCAAGCUAGCGAGGAAGUCCAAAUGCUUAUUGAAGAAUACAGGGCGGCUCUUAUCGACCACGCAGAGAAAUUGUUUGAUCUGGAUGUAUUGUUUAAGGUUGUAAAGGGGGAACCUGCUUUCGUGACUCUGAAUCAUUUUGUGCGAGAUAUGAAAUCCCAGCGCAGCAUUUGGAAUGACCUUGAUCAAACGACUCAAAUGACGCUUACUUUUCCAUGUCGGCUUAAAAAACAGAUUAAAUCAAUAGCGUCCAUGUUCCGUGAUCAUGGUAACGAUGACGAAAGUGACACAUUUUUGGCAACAUUUAUGAGUCAGCAUAUUACUGGUGAUGAAGCUAUAGCUGAAGCUUCUAGCGAUGGCAUAUUUAAACGAACAUUGAAACACCUUGGAAAAAUUAUAACACAAGACCAAGACCCGGUGCUUUUGUCAGAUGAGUUUCGCAUGUCCAUAAAGAAACCUUUGACUUUAGCUCGUGAGACCUGGUUUUCGUCUGUAGAAAAAGUUCUUAAAGUUGCUGAAACCGCUUUAGUAAAAAAGUAUUGCGAUGAUAAUGAGAGGUCACUUCAGCAGGUGCAUCAAGAUGAUGAACACAAAGUGAUUUGUGAUGCUUUCGAAAAGUUACUUUUUUCCUGGCGUACACAACACGAAGAUAACCUUACGACAACUAUUCGACCUCGUUUUCGGUUCUCGAUGAUUUACUGUAAUCUCGAGAAAGAGCACUGGGAGCCUGCUACGGACCAACUUAAAAUCAUAAAGCUAACGCACAGUGACGGUGAACGAUUCGAAGCCAUUAAGUUGGGCACACAUCGUUUGCCUCGGGGGGAAAAAGUUCUGAAAUCAUUUUCAAUAAAAAAUCACUGUAUUGUGUUGGUGACAACGUCUCCGAACGGUACGACGGUAAGUCGGGUAAAUUUUCCGCUUCAACGAAGGAGUCACGAGUGGGAGGUUGGGGUGGUAAUGUCUGAGCGUCAUUUUGGUCGAUCUGCAUCUCUGUGUGACUUGAAUGUCAAAGAGCGACUUAUCGCGUUUGUCGAGGAAGGUGGUCGGGUGGUGUUAUACCGUUUCAAUGAAACCUUUUCAAAACUUGAACUCUACAAACAGAUUGAAUUAUCUUUGCGAACGUCGCUGAAGCUUCCAGUCACUGAUGUGCUAUUAGCGGACGAAUUUUUUUACGCAACCGAUUCAGAGGGGCUCAUUCAGUCUGUAAAUAUAAGAAAUCAACAAUCGUCUCGGGCUACACUUAUUCAAACAUCAGGACCUGACACGCAUUCUUUGUUCGCAUCGGCUGACAGUUCAGUGCUGUGUUUUUUGGGAUCAAAAGGACGUACAAACUCGGCUGAAGACAGUUACUGUGCAGAGUUGUAUGCCGUGGCAAGUGAAGACUUUCGCAAUGUUCCUGUGACUUUUAUUGGAGAUGUAGUACCCCGAUCGAAAGCCCUGCUUGGCCAAAUUUUCAAUGACUUACUUUUAAUUGUGAAUGAGGAGAGGACUGUGUGUGUAUACCGCCUUGCAGUGACUGUAAGAAGUGAGUCAUUUCAAAUCCAGCACUCGAAGGAGCACUCGGUCAAUGGUAGUAAAACGAAUGCUUCGGGUGGUAAUGAUACAGAUCACUGGUUACGAGUAUUUUAUCAUACAUAUGAAAAGUUUCCCGUGCGUGGCUUGAUCCAAGGUGUUGACGAUACCAGAUCUACAAUUAAAUUGCAGAUAACGUCUAUAGCAGAUAUGACUGAGCAAGAUAAAGACAGCUGCCUCUCCUUUUUCCAAAAUUUGAUGCGAGAUUUGCGAAAGUUGAACAAACCUUUGUGUGGAAUGGAUCUUGCGCGAAACCUGGCAUUCGUGACAGAUGUUUUACGUGUUCAUAUUGCUCCACAACCCGCUCGAGAAUUUGUAUUGAAUCUGAUAACGUUUGUUCCGAUACAAAUCUGUCGAGCCGAAGCAAAUUCACUUACGGUCAUGACGAAUGGCAAGGCGAAUUCAAUAAAUUCUCAAGCGCAGAAACUACACGCCGUUGACAUUGCACGCUCUAUUCGAUUUGGCUUAAUCUCGCCAUUGCUUGAGUCGUGGCAAGGUCGAUGUGUUGUGAUCACUUCAAUGGGAAAGCAGUCAACAGGCAAAAGUUAUCUGCUUAACCAUUUGACCGGAUCAUCGUUUGCCAUUGCUGGAGCUCGUUGUACUGACGGAGCUUGGAUGUCGAUUCGAAUUCUACCCAACCAAGUUCUUUUAGUUGUUCUUGACUUUGAGGGCCUCGGUUCCUUCGAGCGGACGGAACAAGAAGAUGUAUUUCUCUCAGUCCUUAAUGCAUCGAUAUCUAUGUUCACAAUCUUCCGUAUGGAAAUGCGUUUUGACAAAGAGAUUGAUGACUUAUUUGCUCGAUUUCAGAAAGGUGUGGCCUUGAUUAAGGGUGAUCCAACGCUUUUUCGAGGUAAAUUAUACAUGUCCGUUAAAGACGUGAAUCCUAAUGAUCAAAAGGGAGUGCUGGAUGAGUUCUUCGUUAAGUUUCAAAAGCUGGUUGGUGCAAACAAAGAUAGCAACUUUUUGCUGGAUAUGUAUUCUGGGCAGUUGGAUAUCAAUUGUUCUCCACCAUUGGGUACAGUAAGCUACUACCAGUCACUGAUGCACGCUCAGAACUAUAUCGAAAUGUCAUUGUGUGGAGUGAACAACGUAGGCUUUAGAAGCGGAAAGACUUUUUUAGAUUGCAUCCGAUUGGUACUUGCCAAAAUCACGAUUCUUGAUUGGACGUCGCUAGACGAAAGUGCGAAGCAGUUUCAGUUGUCCGAAAUCACAUCCAAGUUGUCAGGCCUUUUAAGAACUGGGUGUCUCAUUCCGCAGGAGUAUGUCCAGAGAAAUGAAGACGCGCCCUCAUAUUUAAAAGAGAAAAUUGCUGAGACUGGCAAUGGUGAAGUGAUCAAUGUCGACGUGAAAACAUUAUGUGACGAAUAUCUAGCUCUUGGUGAAAAGUGGAAACGGUUAAAUAAUUCUAUUGAUCUUGACUUAAUUAAUGACUGGGAUAUUGAUUUAGGCUUCGACUGCUGCUCUUCAGAAGAUAAUACCAUUUCAGAAGUGCACACCGCAAUUAAGCAGCUUUUACGAAUAUUCUUAAGAUCGAACACGAGUAUCCAGGGUGGCAAAGUUCCUCGAGGAGUCGAAGUCGAUUUUGACGCAUUCUUGUCAUUCUUUGUUCGGCGUCGCAAGGCCCGAAUUUCCAUCUAUGUGAAGCAAAUACUUGGCGAUCGAAUGCCUGAAGAAUGGACAAAUAUUGAGCAACAGUUUUUAGGUCGAUUUCAAAUUCUUUUCUCACGCUGUCAAAGCCAUUGUAACGAAUGUCAUCUUGGAUGCAUGAAAGCUGCUGCGCAUUUGGAGCCAGCACAUCAUAGUUGCGGAGGGAAUCAUAUUUGCGGUGGUCGCUGUGAGUACUGCGACAGCAGUGAGAACUGCGGCAAGACUCCACCUUGCGACAAAGAAGCUGGCCACGAAGGCAAAUGUGAGUGCCGUGAUGGAGAUCAUACAUGCGGGCGAAAAUGCUGCAUGGAUAGAUCGCCUAAUUGUGGAAGAAAGUGUUCGUUAAAGCGAGGCCACUUAGAUUUGCACAAGUGUGACGUGGUCGUCCACACUUGUGGUCAAAAAUGCUCCGCCAAAGGCUGCUCAGGUCGUUGCAUUUUAGAUGUGGAAAAUUCUCAUACUGCUCAUAAAUGUGGCGAAGAACGCUGUAUGCAAGAAUGUGUUAUGGAUGGAUGCAAUGAAGUCUGUGGUGUGUUGGAUCAUUUUCACGGCCAAGAAGACGUUUCAGUUGUGUUUUCGGUAGAAAACAGUGAUGAGAAAGAGUCACGUACAUUUGACGCCGUUUCUGAAACUCCGAUUGUCCACAUGUGCACAAAUGGACAUGAGUGCCAAUCCAUGUGUCAAGAGAACGGGAUCUGCAAAGUGGAUGUUUUUCUCAAAAAGUCGUCGAAGACUUUUACGGGUGAUCGUGGCAGUUUUCAGUUUAAUUUUCAGGAGAUGAAUGGUGCUCGAAAGAAAUGCACUAAACUGCUAUCCAGUGGUCAGAUGAUACAUCAGGGUCCACAUUCAUGUAUCUGUGCACAAAAUGACCAAGUGAAAAAAGAUGUUAUACAUUAUUGCGAUGUGCGGUGUCCAUGCUGCAGCUAUUUUUGUCAAAAGAGCUAUGGUCACCAUGGGGCGCAUACGACAUCUCACGGCAAUAUGCGCAAUACGUUCUUCUUAUCAGACACCCAGGAUAUUGAUAUUGAGGAACGCAAGUAUAAAACCGGCGAGCUGGGCAUUGCUGAAAUGUGCAAUUUAUACUGUUCAAAAAUGGGUCGUGAGCACGUGCACUAUCUUGAGUGCGAGCAAAGUAGUGAAGCCCAAUGCAUAUACUCUGGAAGCGCUUCCGAUCAACGUCGUCACUGCAAGCGAGCGCUGGAGCCAAAGCCAGACAAAGAAAUGGAUGAGGUACUACAUAAAAAAUUCUGGGAACACUUGGGUUGGGAGGAUCCGUGCACGUCCAAAAUGGAGCUGGAACUCUUUGGCAAAUGUGGCUACAAGUGCGACGCUCCCGACCACGAUGAUCAACCGUCGUAUUGUGUUCUUCCUGCAUGGCACAAUGCUCUGCCAAAGUCGACGUCUGGUUUUGAUGGAUUUACGUAUGUGAAGGGACACAAGUUUGAAUGUUCACACCUUGCAAGCGGUGGAAAAAUGCACCACGUGUUUGUUCUAGAUUGCUCAGGCUCAAUGCAAGGACAGCCUUGGAGUGACCUCAUGGGUGCAUGGAAGGAGUAUGUGUACAACCGCAUCUCAGGCGGAUCUACUUCGGACUUAGUGUCGGUCGUCACAUUUGACAAUUCAGCACAAAUCGUUUACGAGGCUCAAUACAUCACGAUGAUGCAAAAUGUUAACAUUCCAUAUCGUGGUGGAGGAACGAAUUAUGCCGUUGGACUGCGAUGUGCAAACGAGGUGUUGUCCAGGGUGAAUUUCGAGGAAUUUAAACCAGCGAUUGUAUUCUUUAGUGACGGACACCCGAUUGAUCCGCUUGAGGGUGAACGACUUGCAAUGCAUAUCAAAGGGUGUUACGAAAGGAAUGGGCUGCAAGCAUUUGCUGUGGGCUUCGGAAGCAUUAAUCUGAACAUGUUGGAGCGAGUGGCAGAAAAGUUGGGGGGCACUUAUCAUCACGUUCUCACUGGAAAUGAAUUAAAGACAACAUUUUUUACGAUAUCGGCAUCCUUGAGCACUCGAGUGGGUCUUGCCUUGGCGAAACCAGACCAUGAGCGAAAUUGCGUGAUAUGUGGACAAGAUUUGGCAUCGGGUGAGACAGUGAAAUUGGAGACAUGCAAACAUGAGCUUCACAAAGUUUGUUUGGAUGUGCUGGAGCGCAACGCCAAGCAGGACAGUGAAGUCGCUCAUUGUCCGUCUUGCCGCCGCGAAAUUUCCUUUCAAAAGGCUUAA